AUGGCUGACAAUGGAUCAAACCACCAGGCAGAGGAGGACCCAGCAGCGGCCUUUCUGGCCCAGCAAGAGAGCGAGAUUGCCGGGAUCGAAAACGACACCGACAGCCUUGGGGCGAUUGAGGCAGAGGAUCCUGCGCAGACUACCACCAACUAUGAUCCGUUUGGGGAUGAACCUGCCACCCUGAAUGGUGACCUGUAUCAGGCAACAAAUGGACCUACAGACUCUUAUGCAGCCAUUGCCCAGGUGGAUCACCAGAGGCAAGAACCAGAAAGUUUACGCAAGUGGAGGGAAGAGCAGAAGGCACGCCUUGAAGAAUUAGACACUGCGUCUAAGGCAGCGGAGGAAGAGUGGAAGGCGAAAGCGAAGAAGGAACUGGAAGACUGGCAUGUUCAUCAGAGUGAGCAAAUGGAGAAGAACAAGGCCAAUAACAGACUCUGUCCAAGUCUGACACGGAUUGCUGACAAGGCUUUCUACAAACAGCCCAACUCUGAUGUUAUAGGAUUUGUAGCAUCCGAGGAAGCUUUUCUGGCAGAGACGGAUGGUGACUGCCCUGGCACUGAGUGGGAAAGAGUAGCACGUCUCUGCGACUUCAAUCCCAAAACCAACAAACAGGCAAAGGAUGUUUCUCGAAUGCGCUCUGUCCUAAUCUCUCUUAAACAAACUCCUUUAGUUCGCUAG